AGUAUGAAAUAUAAUUCAGUCUUGUCCCAGAGCCCGUGGUGAUCACUUCAUUUUGGCGACGCAGGAAGGAAUUUUGCGAGAGGUUGAGAGUUUUUCCGGGAAGGAAUUGCAUUAUUGCAUUGUGAAUUGUGAAGAAGAUGGCCACGGGAACGUCGGCACAAAAUGUGGAUUCAGUGGCAGAGCUGUUAGGCUCGCGUGCGCUCAUUGGGGGUGUGGAUAAGUACAUCCCGGGGGAGGACUUUGACGUCUUCAUAGAGCGACUGGAAAACUUUUUCAGAAUGAAUGGAAUUCGCCAGGACGCGCUGAAGAGUCAACUUUUUCAGGACAAAUUGACAGCAGAAGCCUAUAAAGUCCUGAAAGGAGCUAUUCAGCCUGCCUCGGUCAAUGAUAAGCCCUAUAGUGAUUUGGUGGGCAAGCUGAGGGAGAAGUAUGCGCCCAAGUUGAGCGUGGUGGCUGAGUGUUGCAAGUUUUACAGAAGAAACCAGCUGCCUGGAGAGUCCAUAAGGGACUAUAUUAUUGAGCUCCAGCAGCUGGCAGAAACUUGCGCGUUUGGGGAUUUUCUCCAACGGGCGCUCCGCGACCGACUCAUCAUGGGGAUGUCCAGUGAAAGAAUACGUGAGAAGUUGGUGUCCGCGGAUAGAGAUUUUGAUGAGACCGUGAGAUUGGCGAUGGCUGCAGAGGCGACGCGGGCUAGCCUGGAUGUAGUAGCCGGAUCAGAGACUGCAGCGGGGGUGAGCUUCAUCAAAAAUCGGGGCAAAGUGCAUCGCCGAGUGCAAAGUCCAAUGGGCAAAAUUCAUAAGCACAAGCAGAAAGGUCAGCAGGGGUUUACAAAGCGCAAACGGUACCCCGAUGGUGCCAAAAAGAGAGUGCAGUGCUAUUUUUGCCAACAAUGGGGCUCACACUAUGCGGUAAAUUGCCCGGAGAAGAGGAAGCGUCGGAUGAAUCAUGCAGAAGAGGAAGACUCAGAGGGUGAUGAUCAGCUUCCGGGAACAAUUUCAUCGAUGUUUCUGAACGCCGUGAAGAAGGAGAAGCCACUGGAUGUGCCCACCUACGAGGAGGUAAUUGAGGAGGAACUUCUGAAGUCGGAAGAGGGAGACGACUACUUAUGCAUGGACAUUCAGGAGGAGGAUCUACUCCUGGAGGAGAACAUCAAUACCGUGAGUACAGAACUUAAUUGUAAUUCCUUAAGUAGUCCCCCUAAAGCUCAAUAUUUAGUGGUAGAUUCCGGCAAAGUAAAAAUGCAAUUUGAAAUUGACACAGGCGCGUGUGUUAGUUGUAUUCAUGAGAGGUUUUAUCGCAAAUUUUUUGCUCAGCAACAGCUGCAAAAAUGUUCGUUUAAUUUAAAUGUAGUGACGGGAGAAAGUCUCUGUAUUUUGGGUGUUAUCAAUAUUUCUUUUGUCGCGAAAGUAAACGGGAUGCCGAAAGAGUUCAAUAAUAUGCCUUUGGUUGUUUUUUCAAGCCCAAAAGUUUUUAUUCCACUUUGUGGGAGAAAUUGGCUUGAGCGAUUAUUCCCACAGUGGCGCGAAGCAUUUGUGAAAAAGAGAGGGAUUUUUGGGAUUAAUCCAGUGCAACAGGGGCACGGAGAAGAGUACAUUUUAGAGAAAUUUGGCAAUGUGUUUAAUCAUUCUGAAGAGACCGUCAUUAAAGACCACAAAGCAGUGAUUGUUUUGAGGAAUGAUUGUGUACCGGUAUUCCACAAGCCAUAUUCGGUGCCAUAUGGAAUUCGCGACAAAGUAGCCGAAGAGAUUCAUAGAUUGGUCAAGGCGGGUGUGUUGGUGAGAGUUGAAUUUUCCGACUGGGCAAGCCCAAUCGUCGUUGUACCGAAAAAGAAUGGAGCCUUAAGGGUGUGUGUAGAUUGUAGCGUGACAGUAAACAAAUUCAUUCAGGUGACACACUACCCACUGCCAACACUCCAGGAGAUCUUUAACAAAAUUAGAGGGGCUAAAUUUUUCACAAUUAUUGACCUUACAGGUGCGUAUCAGCAACUGGAAAUUAUUCCAGAGUGUCGCAAAUAUUUAACUAUAAAUACGCAUUUAGGGUUAUUCCAGUAUACGCGAUUAAUUUUCGGUCUCUCUUCAUCUCCUGCUAUUUUCCAAAGAACGAUCGAUAGUAUCCUUCAAGGGUUAACGAUGACCGCGGCAUAUAUUGAUGACAUUAUUAUUGGCGGUAGUACGUUGGAGGAGUGUCAUGAGAACGUCUUAAAGGUGAUGAAGCGACUAGAUGAAUUCAAUGUGAAGGCCAAUAGGGCGAAGUGCAUUUUCUAUAAACAAGAAGUAGAAUUCUUAGGCCAUGUUUUGAGCGGAGAAGGUGUGAAACCAAUGAAGUGUAAGCUGGAGGAGAUAGCCAAAGCCAAGAGACCAUGGGACGUGACGUCUUUAAAAGCAUAUUUGGGCCUUUUGAAUUAUUACGGGAAAUUCGUGAAGAAUUUAUCCAGUCGUUUGGCUCCGCUGUACACGUUGCUCAAGAAUGAUGUGCCCUUUGUGUGGACAGAUGAAAUGGAGAAUGUAUUUCGCGAUAGUAAAACGUGGCUUUCAGAAAGUAGUCUUUUGACUCAUUAUAGUCCAGAUUUGCCUCUUAUUAUCUCAAUAGAUGCUAGUGGUGAAGGGAUAGGUGCUGUUUUGAGUCAUUUGAUAAAUGGAGAAGAACGUCCUGUCGCUAUGGUCUCAUCGACACUGAAUAGUGGUGAACGUAAUUAUUCUAUAGUGGAACGCGAAGCUUUAGCGUUAGUCUUUGCUGUUAAGAAAUUCCAUUUAUACAUCUACGGACGUCCUGUUACGGUUUAUACGGACCAUCAGAGCCUGAGAGAACUUUUUGGCGGUCAGCGCAAGGUAUCAGUUGUCGCGGCUGCGCGAAUUCAGCGCUGGGCGAUUUUUCUCAGUAUGUAUGAUCUUAAGGUAGUGUACAGAAAGGGCGUUCACAAUGGGAAUGCAGAUUUUUUGUCACGUUUUCCGUUGAGUGAAUCGACUGGAGUGAAUGAGACAAUUGUUGAUUUUGUAGGUGUAUCUGGUGACAUUGCAUUAGAUGAGAAUGAUAUUAGAGAGGAAUCCGCGAAGGAUCCUGAGAUUGUUAAAUUGAUGCAAUAUAUAGCAGAUGGAUUUCCACCGCAGCAUAUUCUUAACCGUGAAGGGAGUUUCAAGAAGUAUGACAAAUUUAAGAAUGCUUUUUCCGUGGACAAUGGUGUUGUUUAUCUCGGACAUAGGGUUGUUGUUCCCAAGAAUUUGCGUGAGAAAGUUUUAAAAUUGAUUCACGAAGGUCACGACGGUGUUGUUCGCAUGAAAUCUAUUGCGAGGGGAUGUGUGUGGUGGCCAGAUAUUGAGGCUCACAUAGAGCAAACGGUCAGGAUGUGCGAAGCAUGCCAAAUCAUAGCCCCCAAACCCCGCAAUGUGUCUUUGACCCGAUGGACAGACACGUCGUAUCCUUACGAAAGAAUUCACAUUGAUUUUUUCUUUUGGAACAGCAUGAUUUUCCUCAUAAUUGUUGACGAUUUUUCUAAAUUUAUUGACGUGAAGUACCUUAAAAAGUCGGAUGUUUGGUCAACAAUAGAAGCCCUGCAGAGCAACUUUGCAAUUUUUGGGCUACCCAAGAAAUUGGUUUCCGAUAAUGGCAGCCCUUUUCAAUCUAAAGAAUUUGCUCAAUUUUGCUCUGCCAAUCGAAUCCUUCACGUAACUUCUCCACCCUAUCACCCCAUGUCCAACGGGGCGGCUGAGAGAGCCGUACAAACGGUGAAGAAGUCAUUGAAGAAGUUUGUGAUGGAUGAGGAAAAAAAGAAAAUGUCUGUGACAAACAAAAUAUCCUUCUUUUUAUUCAGGUUUAAUAAUACCCCCUCGACGAUCACUGGUGUGGAUCCAAACAGCCUAAUAUUCAAUCAUAAAGUGAGGACACAUUUAUCCCUGUUGGGGAAUGAGAGGGAGAAUGAGAAGGAGAAUGAGAAGGAGAGGAAGGUAGUCCGGAAGUCGAAGAAGAAUUUAAGCUCAGAUCACCCGGAGAAAACUCAGAUGAUGGCAGGCGCUAAGAAGAAACCCAUGCAGCCCUUGCAGGUGAAUCAGGAGAUUUGGUAUUUUGACGCCCUGGGACGGCGGUGGACGCGAGGUAAAAUUGAGAAGCAGCUCAGCAAGACGGUUUUCAUCCUAGAUUUGCAGGGAACCUUAAAGAAAGCUCACGCCGAUCAGAUAAAACCGUAUGUCAGAAGAGUCCCUAUUGCAACAGCGGCAGCAACAUCUCCCCAGCCGCGCGCGUCACCGAGUGGAUCCCCUGAGGCCUCCGAUGAAGAAUUUAAGACGCCUCCAGAGGCCCCACCGCAGCCAACAUGCCGACGAAGAAGGAAGCGGGAGACGCAGGGCACGCCCGUAAUACGAAGGAGCGAAAGGCUGCGAAAGACACUAAAAUUCUAAGGGUUGAAUAUUUUCUAUUUUAAUUUCUAUUUUUUUGAAUUAGUGCAUGAAAUUCUAAAUGGGGGGAAAAAUGAAAUGUAUCGAUUGGCCUAGUGCCGCUAUGAGUAUGAAAUAUAAUUCAGUCUUGUCCCAGA